AUGCGGUCUUUAUCCGUGCUGCCGGUGCUCUCGACACUUGCCCUACUUCUCAACCACUUGGUACACACCGCAGCAACCCCGCUCGUAUUUGAAGACAACGUCCUCGAAAACAAACUUGAAAAGCGCUGUGAAAACCCAUGUGGCUAUAACGACUGGCUUUGUUGUGAAACUGGUCAGACAUGCAGCACCAACAGCAACCAAGAGGCUGUCUGUGUAGAUGGCAGUGGUAGCGGCAGUAGUUGGGACUACCAAUAUUACACCACCACUUACGUGCUUACCAAUACCGAUCUAACGACCAUCACCUCCGUAUGGAGCAGCCAAAUCGCAGCGGCUACAAGCACGGGUACCUGCAGAAUCGACCUCGGCGAGAUAAAGUGCGGCAAGACUUGUUGUGAGGCAGCGCAAGAGUGCAUAGAGGGCCAAUGCGUUGCUGAAAGUUCUUCGGUGGCCGUGACUGCUACAGGAACAGAAGCAGAAGCCACGCCGGGCGUGCGAGGGACGAGCAACGGGGCAAUCACUAUGACCGAAACCUCGGCACCAACCAUCACCGAAGGAUUCACCGCGCCUGUCGGUACGGAUGGAGCCGAGCUGAUUGGGGCCGAAGCCUCAAGCGGCGGAGGAUUGAGCGGCGGCGCCAUUGCAGGAAUUGUCAUCGGCAGUAUUGCUGGUGCAUUCUUGUUGUUUCUUCUCUGCGCUUGCAUCUGCUUCAAGAACGUCUUUCAAGGCCUGCUCGCAGCACUCGGUAUCGGCAAGAAGCGCCGCAGACAAGACACGACGUAUAUUGAAGAGCACCAUUCGCAUUCGCACGGCGGCCAACCUCCUCCACCUCCUCCCCCCGGGCGACGGACGUGGUUCGGUACCAAACCGGCGCAAGGCAGUGAGGUCAGCGAAAAGAAGUCUAAAUGGGGCUGGGGUACGAUGGCCAUUAUUAUCGGUGCUCUUGCUCUGUGCUUGGGGUUGAAGAGGAGGAGAGAGAGAGAUCACGACGACGAUAAGACCGAGUCUUCUUACCCAAGCUCAUACUACUAUUAUUCUGACUAUUACUCCGGUACAGGCACCGAAGCUCUGACAGACGAACUCGGGAUACACGACGAUCACGACGAUCGCGCACUCGGUCCGGCCGUUAAUGUCGACUACGAUGCCUGA